AUGGCUACAAUAUCAUUCACCUUGAACGAUUGUCUGAAGGAGUUGGCAGACGUGGCCUCCUCGAGGGUUAAGCGCUAUGAGAACGAAGUCUCCCAAACUCGCUGGUUGGACGAACUUGGCCGACUACGUAUUUGGGCAGGUAACACCGGUGCCCUUCAAUGUGACCAGCUAUCACUAGAUUAUCGUCUUCGUGAUGCUUCACAUCUGAAGAACGAAAUAUCAAGGAUCCUGCAGCGAGUGCUGCAGGUAGUUCGAAAUCUAUCUGACUUGCUCAACGAGCCAGAAGAUACGCUAGGAGAUGAGGCGCUCCUGGACCCUGCCGGUGAAGUAUUGAAUGAAGAGGACUUGAUGACAGAUGCUCAAAUGUUGCAUCAGUCCCUACAUAAUGCAAUCAAUCUGUUGAAUCAACUGUCCUUGGAGACUCGCAAGCCAGCCGACCACGAUAUUCUGCUAAAUGUGAGCAGUAAAGAUGUCUCGCUCUUCGAACCAUGGGCACAGCAGCACGUUUCCCGAGCUUUCCCUAAUCUUGAUGAGGGCACACUUCACCGGCUCAGUGCUGCUAUGACAAAGCAAAGAGCAGUUCUCCAGUAUAGAUUGCAGAAGCCAAGGCCUAGCAGGGGUAUUGAUGGUUCAGAGCCUACUCUGCCUGAAAGAGAGGCGACAGGGAGCUCUCAGGCUGGAAGCUUAAAUCAGUUGCAGCUCCCUGAAACGUUCACAUUUAAACUCCAACCACCAUACCCUACAAGUGCAUUCUUCAUAGACCAUGAUUCAGUAUCCAUUCCAAGUCCUCCAGAAACCUCAACAUACAGCUCUCUGUUUGAAUGUCCAUACUGCGGCUCUUUAAUGACAAUCAAAGAUUCAGAGGAGUGGGUCUGUCACAUUUUUGAAGACUUGACGCCUUACGCUUGUCUAUCGUCCGAUUGCACUACGCCAUUCAAGCUUUAUGAGAGCCGUUCGCAAUGGUAUCAUCAUAUUUGCGAAACACAUUUCGUAUCCAACAACAACGGUACCUUCAAUUGCCCUUUAUGCAAAGAAAUUUUUGGGCCACCUGUUACUUUUGACCGCCAUGUUGGAGAACAUUUGGAGCAGCUGGCUUUGCUCGUUUUUCGUGAAGGUCCAGAUCUCACGAUACCAGAUCCAGCCUCUCAGGACGGUUCCUCAAAGGUUUCAAAGGGUCCCACCCUUCCUGUUAGUGACUUGAGGAUACAGGAGCCCGCAAAUGACAGGCUUGCCGCCGAAAAUACAAGUACAGGAUCAGCAGCUGAACGAUCACUUGAGGCCGACCAGCAAUCCGUUGAACCAUUCGAUAACCCUUCUGAGAUUCCUAUGGCUCUUUCAGAAGAUAUGACCCAUCUUCAAACACCUGAAUCCCCCAUUGACAAUGAUAAGAAUAUGUCCCUACCUCCAGAUUUGUCCAGCCAGGCUGCACAGAAAACGACUGCGGAACUGCAAGAUGAAUUCGAUCCACUCUCGCCGACAGGUUCCAUGAGCUCAAUCGAAUUGGUCUCACCGGUAGAUAUUGACAGAAAGUCGGAUUGCUCUCCGGUGCCUUCUUCCAAACAAACUUUUGACCGCCAAGCAGCCUUCAAUCGCUUUUUCCCAGAGCUAGUGCACAGUCUUCCACAAGUGUCCACGGAAAGUCGUGCAGGUCCACGUGAGCCACCAGAGGCUAAUCGAGCAAGCCCUACCCAUGAAAGAGGACGGAAAUCUACUCAAUAUUUGAGUGAAUAUCAGUCCCCUAUUUUGGAUGAUUUCGACGUUUAUUUGAAGUUGCAAAGUAGUAGAAGAAAUCUCGCCAGUUCCGAUGAUGAAGAAAAAAUGGCCAUUUCGGCAUACUCUCCGAGUCCAGAUCUUUCCGGAAGAAGACUUUCUCCUCCAGAAAAUAAUAGACCGACAAAAUUAAUGGCUAGUAUUCUUCCAACAUACCAUGACUACACGUCGAAUGACCUAAACGAGGAGGGCGAUGAAUACAUCCAAAUCAAGUUCGAUGAUGUGGGCGAGACCAAGGUCGAUUUCUUGGGAUACCUGCGCCAUGAUCGUGAAUACAGGUGUCAGACUUUCCGCUUACCCCAUCGAGGCAAAAAGCUGUUUAUGCUCUCGGCACAGUGUGCAGAUGCGUUAAGCUUUCGUAGUUCUAGGGCAUUAUUCAUGAAUUAUCGGUCUCUGCACGGGAUGGUCGCCUCAUCAGUCGAAAAGGAAACUAUGAUGGAAAAACAUAUCCUUCCAGUUGAAGGACAGCAAAGGGACGUCACGUUUGUGUCUGCCCGGUCCAUAUUCCUUCAAUUUGGGUGCCGCAUCAUUGCCAACGGUCGUCGGUUCCGAGAUGACUACUGGGAAAGCAGAGCGAGGGAAGAGGGUUUCACUGAGGCUAAUAUAAGAGAUGACCAGCAAACUUCCGUCGCUAGACCUAGGACAGGGCUGGUUAUAUCAAAGGAAGAAGAUGUAUCAAAGAGAGAGAUGACGAGCUGA